UGGGGCAGGUGAUGGGGAGGAGUAGGGAGCUGGAGACGAAGAUGAGAGAAUUGGAGGGGGAGAGGGAGGGGGAGAGGAAGGCGAGGGAGGCGGAGGCGCGGGCGUUCGCGGGGCGGGAGGAGGAAUGGCGGCGCGAGCGGCGGCGGCUCCUCCUGGAGGCGGCGCGGCUGCGCAGCCGCGUCAAGGAGCUGCAGGGCGAGGAGAAGAAGAAAACAACUCGUUCUAAUGUGCAAGAAGAAGGAGAAGCAGUAGUAGUAGUCGUAGAAGGAGAAAAAAGGAUGAGAGAAUUGGAAGAAGAGCAGCGGCAGCUGCGGCAGCGGCAGGAGCAGCUGGCGAUGGUGGAGAGGAUGAAGGAGGAGCAGCGGAGGAGGGAGGAGGCCGUCGAGAAGUGGAAGCAGCUCUACCUCGCCAUUAAAGCCGAGCUUGAUGAUCUCAUCCAGAGAACCCAUCACCAAGGGGAGAGAUUCUGCUGGGGUGCAGCAGAACAACAGCAAGGAGUGAUAGAAGCACUGCAGAGGGAGCUAAAAGCCAGAGAUGAGACAGUGGAAUUUCUCAGGCUUAAGAUAUCAUCAAUGGAGAAAGAGGGGGUGAGAAGGGACAGGGAGAUUGAUAUCCUCAGGCAGAGCCUGAGAAUUCUCAGCUACAGUAAAAGGAACCAUAGAGGCACUAGAAGGUCUCUUUCCAGGGGCCUACGCAUGUGAAAAGAAAAGUAAGGGGGCGGGGGGGGGGCGGGCGCGGAAAUGAAACGAAAAGAAGAGGGAAGAAGUGCUUCUGAGGCCUAGUUUUGAGUUCGCAUUCUUCCGAUGCAACUGUUUUGGAUACUGUCGCGUCUCUGAAAAAUUCGAUUGUUUUGAAGCUCUGCUCCUCGAUCGAAUGCUAGAACGAAAAUGCUUUUGACACCCCGCAUACAGCCUUUCGUAGGCUGUUGGUGUGCCGAUCAUCCCAUCUGACACUUUGAACUGCAUGCACGAACUAAUCAAAGCUGUCGAGACUAUCAGUGGUUCGUAAGUACAGCAUUUUGGGAGCUGUAUAACAAUACUUAAAACUGAACAUUGCAAUAGGAAUAAUCGGGGGAUGUUUCUCUGGUCCUACUAUCGCCUUAUUUCGUAACAUUGUUGGAGCAGAGCUUUAAAGCACUUUCGAAUUUCUCUUGAAGGCUCUGAGAAUAUCAAAUCAGUUGAAUUUGGGGAACGAAUUUCCGAACUUGGCCUAAGAGAUCAAUACUAUAUAUGUAUUUGUGUGGUCACUACAUUUCUGUAGAUUAUUAGAGAAGAAUAUGGAAGGUUGAGCAUUUCCUGAUAUUGUAGAAUGAAGCAAAUAAGCUAUGACCCAGGCACUGUGUAGUAGAAAAACUUUCUUAUUGAUUAAUCAUGAUGCAAGAAAUAUGUUUCAUGGAGCCAAA